GCAGUUUGAUUUCACUAGUGUGGCAACUCUCUUCACUCACAGACCAGCGGUGGGGCUGGGAGUCCGAAAUGGUUCUUCUGUUUUAUACUCUUUAUGGAUUUGCCAUAUUUUUCUUUGGUGGAUGGUGUUUUGUGUGGCUUCUACACAUUAUUGCAAUCCUAAACGGUAAGCUAAAACUACAUAAAAAACCCCAGUUACCUUCUCCAGAAGUUCCAUUGCCAGGAGUCUCCAUAUUGAAGCCUUUAACUGGUGUGGACCAAAAUCUAUACAGCAAUUUGGAAUCUUUUUUUACAAUGAAUUAUCCCAAGUUUGAACUACUGUUUUGUAUAGAAGACGAAAGUGAUCCUUCCAUCAUGCUUGUGAAAAAAUUAAUCGAGAAGCAUCCAGAAAUUGAUGCUAGUGUGUUUAUAGGUGGCCGGCGCAGCUGGUCAGAUACUUCAGGAGGUGAUAAAGUAGGCGUGAACCCAAAGAUAAAUAACAUGAAUCCAGGUUAUGAAGCAGCCAAGUAUGAUCUUAUUCUAGUCUCAGACAGUGGAAUCAGAAUGAAAGAAGAUACUCUGCUAGAGAUGGUCUGCGCCAUGACAGAAAAUGUAGCUCUUGUCCAUCAGAUGCCAUUCACAUGUGAUAGAGGCAACUUUCCUUCUGUUAUGGAGAAGGUGUAUUUUGGUACAUCACAUGCCAGAAUCUACCUUGCUGCUGAUUUGUUCAGAAUAAAUUGCCCAACAGGCAUGUCAGCAUUAAUGAGAAAAAAGCUACUAGAUGAAGUUGGUGGCAUCAAAGCUUUUGGCCAGUAUUUAGCAGAAGACUUCUUUUUUGCCAAAUCCUUCACAGAUAGGGGCUGGUCUAUUCGAAUCAGUUCUCAACCUGCCUGGCAAAAUUCUGGCAUUUGUGAAAUAACAAAUUUUAAUAAUCGUAUAUCAAGGUGGGCAAAGCUGAGGUUUGCCAUGGUACCCUACACUAUUGUCUUGGAACCAUUGUCUGAGUGCAUGGUGCUAGGUGCAUGUGCAGCCUGGGCACUCAAUGUUUUAUUCCAGUGGGAUGUCUUUGUUGUGUACCUGGUCCACAUUCUGGCGUGGCUUAUACUGGACUGGAUCCUGCUCAAUGUCAUACAAAAUAAUACACUGCCAUUCAGCAAGAUGGAUUUUGUUGUUGCCUGGACAUUUCGUGAAAUGGGCGCCUUCUACCAUUUCUGUCUGGCGCUCUUUGAUCCCAAAAUUCAGUGGAGGACACGGACAUUCUAUUUAAGGUGGGGAGGACUAGCUGAAGAGGUCAGUCCGCACGUCUGAGUGUGUUGCCAUAGUGAAUAGUACAUAUUAUUAAAAAAAACAGACAUCCAUAUAAAAGUGAGUGAGCCAGGUACCUGAUGCUGCAACAAACUGGCCACCCAACUGUGUUACCUUCAUGCUGCUGGUCAGUGAAAAUCGUGGCUUGUGUGUAUAGAACAGAACAAUUCUUUUGUACAAAGUUCCUUCACAGGAGUCCACCGUAUUGUGAUUUAUUUUUACCUCCCCCAAGGGAUUGCUCAUUGCUCAACUAAACGUUCCCCCCUCCCGGGUACUACAAGAAUUGGGUGGUGGAUAUAUCAGAUUCGAUGGAGCAUAUUUGAUGUAUCCAUCCACCUUGUGGACAGUCGCCCGCCGCUGGCCCUAGAAAUUUGUAAUCAGCUGCUACAAAAUAAAUACGGAAAUUGUGAUCUGCAUGUUUUCUUUUUAAUUUGUUUCAAAUAUAAUUCCUGCAUUAUUUUUUUUAAUGAUCUGUUGUGUUAAAUGAUAAACAGUUGAUGCAGGCAUGUCACUCUUUUUUGCACUAAAACAAAUAUCUGUGACUGUGCUGAAAUGUUCAGCUAUUUUUCUAUUUAAAAAAUGUCUUUUCUUAAAAAUUUAUCUUUUUCUAUUGUAAUUUAUCAAAGGAAAUUUUAGUGAAUACCUUUCUGUUUUUGUUGAUUAAUUACCACCAUUCCAGAAAUAAAUUGACGAUCCUGCUGAUCUUGUAUCCCCAGAAAUGUUAUUGUUCGGCGAAAUGAAUGUUCCUUCUGAAAUACUUAGAUUUACAAUAGAUCCUGAGAAAUAAGUUGAUUGUAAUUUAAAUGUUCUCUAACUAUUUUUUGUUAAAAUAGUCGUAUAUAUUUUGAAUUAACAUUUCUGUUAGUGAUGUAAUUUUAUUAAGAAUGCUAAUUAUUCCUUUUUAAUUUUUACCAUUUAACUAAAUUCUUAUUGUAGUGACAGAUACCUGCAUUGAAAACUUUUUAACUAGAAUCAUUAUUUUUUUGUAUAUUAUUUGUAUAAAAAAAGACUGUAAUUUCCUCCUCUCGUCUGAUUUGGUUGAUUAAAAUAUAUCUUUAAAAUGUAAUUAUUUUUAAAACAUAAUUAAUCAGGGGCAUUAUCUACCUUAUUUGGUUUGGGUAAUUUGUUUAAAAGUUUCUUUUAAUCAUAAUUUUAAAGUUGAUUAGUCUAAAUAUUUAUCAAAAUUAUGGCCAGUUUCAAAUUCAGCCAUAUUUACACUUUUCGUUGAAUCUAAAACUCAAUUAUCAGUCACUCACUUAGUAAAUAUCAGUCAUGUUGCAUUUUGUUAUAAAUCAUGUUCAUAACUAAAUGAGGUAUUAAUAUUUUGUGCUUUCAUUAUUUAAAAAUGAGCAAAUAAAGCCCUUUGAGUCAUUUUAUUUCUAUAAAUUUUUAUGUACAUAUAUAAAAACAUAUAUUAUAGAUUCAAGUCUUUUUUUCCCCCCUUAUCUCCAUCUUUGCUGUAAGUAUGUGUGUUUUAUGCUAUAAUAAUCUGAAGAUUUUAAAUAUAUUUUGAAAUCUGUCAGAUGAUUAAAAAUAAGUAGUUCUUAUUGUACAAAUUUUACUGUGUAUAAAUGAAAAAAAAAAAAAAAAAUGACGAAGGAAAUAUAAACUGAAAAACUUGCUAUGACCCCUGUCUGGAAUAUUUUUAUGUCUAACUACUUAAACUUGUAUAUUUUUUUUUGUGUGUAGAAUUUCAGUUGUAAAUUGAUCUCUGUAAAAUUUUUUUGUGAUGUUGCCAACAAAUUUGUUGUACAUCUACUCUAAAUUUAAGAUACAUUAUUAUGUUAAAAAAAAAAUCAAUAAGUUUUGUCUGCAGCUCAAAAUAUUAAGUGGUGGAGUUUUAAAAAUCAUUUGCAGGAUUCAUUUUUUAAAAAAAUACUGUUAGAGGGGGAAAGAAAAUUUUUCACUGGGCUAAAGAUUGAUUUCCUCUAGUAUAAUUUUUUAAUGAUUAAUAAUAUGGUUUAAAAUUAGGAUUCUUCUGAAACAAUUAAUAAUAAUAAUAAUUCUAAUUUUUAUAUAUUUCAUACAUAUUAAUCUUAAUUCUCCCCCCAUCCCCCCUAAAAAACCAAAUCUUGUUCUUAAUUUUAACUAAUUUUACUUCUUUUUUAAUUGAAAUUGUUCUUCAAAUAAACACUGAUAUCAUGUCUCUUUUUUAAGAAUUCCUAUGAUUGUUUUAUUUAAUUUUAUUGUCUAUUAAAUACAAGCAUGUAUUUCUUAAUUCGUAUAAUUUCAUUCCAAGAGUACUUUACAUUUCAAGUGGCGAGGCGAUCUUUUGCUUUAUCAAAAUAUUCUUAUUUUAGUAAGUUAUUUUGUACACGAGCCACGUAUGUCCAAUUUCAUAAUCCAUCUUCUAAUUUGUGAGCUUGUGGUGAAAAUUAGUUUCUGAAAAUAUUUAUCCUUUAUUCUGUUGUCAAAAUAUUAAAUUUUCGUCAUUUAUAGUGUUGACUAACAUCUUUAUCAGUAUAUUUUUUGGGCAGACUUAUAGGCAUGGAACCACUUCUGGAGAUUAAACUAAUAAUGCAUAUUCUUCAUGUUAAAAGGACAAAAUUGCUGUUAUUAUCUGUGUCAAAAUAGCCAUUGAACAACAGGAACGGGUCAAUUUUUAUAAAUAAGUUCUUUUGGAUAAUUUCCUAUAAACAGCUUCUAUAUUGUUAAAUAGAAUUAGUACAAGAAUCUUAUCCAUGUAAAUGCAACGAAAAUAAUUAAUAAUUCUUAUCAAAAUUUGAUCUCAUUCCCCCCCCCCCCCAAGUACUUAGAAAAUAAUAUCAGAAAAUUCAUCCACAUUAGAGUAAUUUUAUCAUGCUUUGUAAUAUUUUAUAUUUUAAAGUUAUCUUUGCUUAUUAUUAAAUUUAAAUACAUUACUUGAAAAUUCUUAAAUUAUUAUUUUUAAUCAUUCAAUCUGAAUGAAAUCUUGCAUAUUUGAUAAAAUAUUGCCAGUACUUAGUUUAAUUUUGAAUGAUUUUCUUAAAGAAUAAAUCUAUUUUUUCAAAGUCAGUAUUUUAUUUUUAAAUCAAUUAUAAUUCUUUAUUAUGGAUUUUAAAUGAUAAUGCAUUUUAAUUUAUUUUGUUGAUUCAUUGUAUUUCCUUGGAAAGAAUUUUAAAACAUUUUUUUAUGUAUGAUUUUUUGAAUGUAUUCUUUUUAAUGUAUUCAGACAGAAGUUUUAUGUUUGUAUCAGAUUUAUAGAUAUAUCCUUAAUUUAAUGUAAAAUCUUUAUUUUUUUAUUUUCUGUAUAGAAAACAUUACAGAUGAUUUACAUCUGUUUUGAAAUUCAUUGUUCCUGAUUCCCUCCAUUGUUUUUGAAGCUAAAGAAAGUUUCUGCUUAACAAUUUUUUUAUUCCUAAUAAUUAAAAAUGGAUAUUCUAAGUGUAGAAGCGGAAAAUAUCCUCAAUAAAAGGCCCAAAUUACCUUGGGAAGAUCAAAUACUAUUGUAAAUGUCGAAUUUUUCUUGAAAAGUAAAUGAACUUAAUUUUUAAAAAUGUAUUUUAGUUGGAGGAAUUUUGAAAUCCAAUUUUUUAUAUGGUCUUAGAUUUCAGGAAAACUGGUGUCUCUUUUAGAGAUGCAUGCUACGAAGACAGAAUCUUCAUUAACAUAAUAUUUAUAAAUCUCAUUGUUGCCUAAUUAUAGCUAUUAGAAUAUUAAUUUUAAAAAAUGUUCUUUAUUAUUAUUAUUUAUUUUUUUUAAUGUCUAAAUUUAUUUCCUCCACCAUUUUUAAAAUGAGAUUCUUGAUUCGUGAAGUUUAGAAAUUCAUAGUUAAAUAAGUGUUUUGUCUGUGAUUUUUCUUCCUAAAAAUAUUUGAUUUGUUUUAUUUGUCCCCCCCCCACCUCUUCCUUCUCUCAGUUGUAUGUGGUUUGGAUUUGUUAGUAACAUGUAUAAAUAUGUGAAAUCUAAACUUUAUAUUGAAUUAAAUGAGAGAUUAUUUAUUUUUUUGUGUGUUUUUUCCAUUUAAAUGUGCAGACUUUCAGACAAAGGGCCUCAAUUAGACAUUCCAUUUGGUUUUGAUGCUUGGCAAAGUUUUGUUUGGUAUAUUUAGUUGUGUUAGCUUUAUAUUUCCUAUCUUCUGCCAAUUAAAAGAUUUUAAUUAUGAA